AUGGCCCUCCAAUCUCCUUUCAAGCUCCUCGAAAUCAACAUCAUUUCGGCACAAGACCUUCCUCCGGUGUCGAAGAUGCUCCGCACAUUCGCGGUUGCCUACAUACACCCUGACCACAAGCUGACGACCAGGAUCGAUCACGCGGGCCACACGAACCCGACAUGGAACUACAAGGUAUCUUUCCAUGUAGACGAAAAGUUCCUCAAGCAAGAAUCUUCCUUCAUCACAAUCGAAAUCUACAACCUCGCAUGGCUGCGCGAUCUCCCCAUCGGCACCACGCGCUUGCUCGUCAGCAGCCUCUCACCGCCUCUGCGUAAAAACCCGGGCUUCCGACGGGUUUCUCUUCAGAUUUGCCGCCCGUCGGGCCAUUUGCAAGGAACCCUAAAUCUCGGCGUCCAACUCGUUGACAAUACCGCUCCGAGCCUCGAAUCGGGCCUAUCUCCAAUAAGAAACGACGAAGAAAUCGACGAGGAAGAAGAAAAGGAAGAUGUUCAAGAAAUGAAGCAAGAACGGUUCGAAGAUUUCGAGGAUGAAAAAGAGAAGAAUCGAGGACCAUCAUCAAGAAUGACAUCCAAGAGUGGGAGCAUAUGCACCAGCCCGGAUAGCAGGAUAACGGGCCGGCCUGAAACCGAGACCGAAACAAGAACGGGUUAUGUUACAUCAUGCAACUCCCUUUUCUCCGUCAUGCGGCCGUUGCCUUCGGAGGUGGCGGUCGAUAUGAAACGGGGGGUUUAUUCGACGGAGUGGAACGAUUACGGGAGCUCGAUUUUCGACAAUUGGAGUACGGAUAAAAGCAGCGAUUGCCAUCGCGUGGUGGAGGAACCGAUGGACAUUGUGGAGUGGCCCACGGAGGAUCAAAUCCCGUUGACAACGAUAACUAACGAUGACGAUAAGAAGAAAACGGGGGUUCAUCGGCCGAGGCGAGGUGCGGGAAAGAAGAAAGGGCUGUUUUCUUGUUUCUUCGGAAGCGGGUACGGGUUUCAAUUCAGCAUCAUAUGCGGGUCGAAGAAGAAUAAGAAUAAGAAUAAGAAUACGAAAAAUAAGAACAGAAAUGUGAGCAAACAGAAUGUUCAUUUGGUGACACUUCCUGCAGAUCAGGAUAAUCUGCACAGGUUUUAUGUCUGA